CUCAAGAUCUCAACCCGCUGCGUACAAAAAGCAAAGCUGGAGCCUGAAAUAAGAUCCAGGCUCCAAUAAAAUGGACUAUUUCCAAGUAUUUGAAAAGCUUCAAACAGCUGUGGGGAGGAAGAAAAUUCUCACAGCCUGUGACAAGGCAGAGCGAGACAGACGCGAAAACAAGGUCUCCUCUAAAACAGAAAAGGCAUUGAGUCUUCAACAACACCCGGAGGGCACGGGUGGUGCUGGCGAGGCACGCUCAGCAGGCUCCCGCUGCUAAACGAUGUUUGAGGAAAAUCCUCCUUCAAGAUAUUUGACAAGACUUGCCCACCCAGAAGACUCCCAAGAAACCAACACAGCUGUAAGUCAUGUUUUGCGGGAUCAGGAAACCACCGGACACGUCCCAGUGGACAACAGUGACAGCUUUGCUUCCUCCGGCGACUUGCCAGCAAACCCAACCUCCCCGCAGCACCACCUGGCAAAUCUGAAGAUGCUGAUGUCCAGACAGAAGGCCGAGUACGAAUCUAAAAUUGCAAGCCUGGAGCAGCGGAACAGAGAGCUGCAGUCAGAGAUUAAGGGUAUGCAUUCAAAACUGGGACAGCAGCGUAAGCGGUACAAUCUCGUGGAGAUGAAAAUGCGAAAUGCAGAGAGAGCAAAGGAAGAUGCAGAGAGAAGAAAUGAAAUGCUCCAAAAAGAAAUGGAAGAGUUUUUUGAAACCUUUGGGGAAAUUAACAGAUGGAAAUAA